AUGCUUCCGGACAACAUCGCCAACAGCUACCGAGAAUAUAAAGCUGAUACCGAGAUCUUCGUUACGUGGCUUGUUGAAACGGCUAGUCGCUGUGGCUUCAUCCCUUCUACCACUGCGCCAGCUCCCGCUACAGCUGGUGGCCGACUCAAGGGGAAAGCGCGCGCGGCUGAACCCAAAGCCCCCAAAGCCAAGUCUUCGCAAGCGCGCAGAAUUACCAUUAAUGAUUUGAAAACAUGCGCCAGUGCCAUAGCAGAGAAACCUCCUAAGAAGUUCGUGGUGCCACUCUACGCCAGCAGAGCAGCAGCUCGAGCGAUCCGCCACCGUACCAAGUCGACACUGUGGCACGAAACUCAGACUCAAAAUGUUGAUGAAGAUCUAAAGCCUGCUUUCGCUGCGAGUAAUGAGGCGCACGCUACUUUUACGGGAGCUUUGGGAUAUGUGCUUGAUCUGCUGAAGCCUUUCAUCACUACUGGCAAAGCGACGCCUAAGCCUGGUGAACCUACUACGCAGACCCCCAUUGAUGGCCUCAGCACAAGAUUCAGCAAUCUCGACAUCGAGGAAUUGGCAGAACAAGAGCCUGAAAGUGGUGGACAGACGACCACCACUGCCAGACCAGCGCCAACUUCGAAGACGACAUAUACUGUCGAUAACCAAAAGGAAGAUCGUUUCAUCGCCAUGAGCAUGUUGAUAAGGGACUACAAUCAGAUCAAGACUAUUGUCACAGCAACCUGGGAUCAUUACCGCCAGAAUGACGAUGUCGACCUAGUUUCGGCGGCGGCAACAACCCAAGCGGCUAUGCAGAUGACAAAGAGCUUGGUAAAUGACUUCUCGAACUCGUUCCCCGAGAUAGUGGACGCUGAGGACUUCUGGCAUAAGUUUCUUGAUGACCCCAAGAUCCGCAACAACAUUAGCAGAGAAACGGACGAAAAUCGCGCGAUAUUACAAACUUCCGGUGAGGAAGUAGACGAGUUCCUCUGCCAUGCCAGGCUACCAAAUCGCUUACUCAACUAUGGGUGUCUAAAAACUUUCGUUGAUAUGUGGAGACUACUUCAAGUCUACUAUAAAGCCACCAUUUUUCGGCAACGACAUGUCUGGAUAUUACCCCGUGUCGAGACGGGGGAAUUUGAUUUUGAUUGUGUCACUAACCCCAGGUUGCAAGUUCUCACAAACGCUCUCGAUGACAUCGUAUGGAUGAUCAUAGGAGUUCAUAUAGAACCGCCAGCCAUGGAUAACUUUACGAAAGCAUGGUAUACGCACCUGAAGCGAGGCAUCUCCGAUGAUGGCAAGGAUGUUCCACACCAUCGGUAUGCAAAAGACAUCUCCAUCGAGAUGAUGCUGUACACCGAUCUCUACCUUGCUGUACAGGAUAUUCUUACUCCAUUAGAGUCGCCAUCGCAAGAGUCACCAUCGCAGGAGUCACCAUCGCAAGAGACACUAUCGCAAGAGACACCGGCAGAGGAGACGCCAGCAGAGGAGACGCCAGCACAAGUCCGAAAAGAUUACCAUGACCUGUGGAAGUACGUCCGCAGAGAAGGACGCGUACACAGAUUGCUGAAAGCGCCCUUUAUUCAAGGUAAAAGGGAGCGCGCAAUGCUGACAUCCUUCUUCCGCGAUCCUCUUGUUGCGGAGAGAAGACUCAGCUGGUUGAGUUCUGAUCCAAUUUGGGUCGCUCGCGCAGAGAGUGCGAAGAAAGAAGAACAUUGGGAAGUGAUGCCGCAUUCACUCUACAAUCGCAAUUGCUACGAUUUCAUCACCAUGAAUCCCUUCCUUGCUGGACUCAUUCUAUUCGUGGCUGUGCAUGCCACUUGUGAUCUCUCGCUUCUUACGCAGAACACGGAUGGACUAGUACUUGGAUAUGCGCAUCUCUUCAACUUCCUUCGGCAAGCACAUAGUGCGAAUAAUGCAGACUCGUCUGAAAAACUACUCACGAGAGAGUGGGAAGACAUGGAGGCAGCGAUUGAUUUACUUGGCGAGUCCAAUUUCUUUAAGGGCAACAGACCGAUUGCACUUGACAUGUGUAUUCAACGCCUGCUUCGUGCACAUGGAAUGAAGGCGAGCGAUCUUGCACGUGACGCUGGUCGUGUCAAGAAGGGAACAAGGGCCUACGACAGUGGUCAAAUAAGCGCCAUCAGCACUCCACUCACCAACCUCAUCUUCUCGGACGGCGGGCCUAGCAAAACUACGUUUCUCAAUAUUACAAAUCAAGCCAUCUCGGAGCUUCUAAUGCAGGAAGCUGAGACGUAUGCUAGCGACACAUUAGAUCCCAAAAUCAUCAAGGGGGCUUGGGCAGCCGGGCCUCUUAUCAUGUUCCGCGUGCUUCUACAGCGCGAGUUGCCAGCGCUCCUCUUUCCUCUCGACACCGUACAAUCUCACUGCUCUGAGAUCAACAAGAAGAUAUUUGCAGCUCUGGAUUCGACAAUGGCGCAGCCAAAUGUUCGCUCAAAGCUAUGGAUGAACUGGCAAAAGAAAGGAACAAUACCUAUCAACUUACUGUUCUACGAACGUGGUUACCACAAGCAGAGUCAGGCUCCUGGGCCGAUCCCCAAAGAUGUGACUGGAGUGCAUAGUCUUCCCAUUCACGAAGCCGCCGAAAUCAUAACCGAUUACCUGGACGAGCUACGCAGAAAGCGUGAGAAUGCGGAAUGCAAAACGGUUCUCGAUCACUAUGCAAAGUAA